GGCGGGAGUUUAUAAAACGUGACAUCACUGAUCUGGGAGAAAUCUCGGUUCAGCCUUCGGUUUGGCCCGAGCACAACGGGGAGCAAAGAAGAUGCAUUUUCUCUGAUCUUCUGUGUCUCUCCUGCAAUCACCGCGGCACGAGCGCUCUCGGAGUUUAACGGUCGCUAGAACCAACUGAGAGAACCCUCGGCGCGCGUGGCUCAGAACGGUCGGAGUUUGGCGGUCUUGUUUUUGCUCGUCGGAGGAGCAGCAGACUCGGAGGAGAGUUAAAAACCCCGCGUCUGGCUCCAGCUCCAGCUCCACCGGCUGCUGGGAGGUCUGAGGUUUGACUUGGUUGUCCAAACGCGCCGAGAGGAGCUCAGCUGACGGACGGACGGGAAAUUUAAGUUGGCCUACCAACACCAAACCCUGGGAUUAGUGCGUACAGCAUUGAAUCCAGUGAGCACGUACUGGAGCAUCCAAAAACUCGCCAGGCAACGCGGAGAUGAAACCUGAUGACGUUGCCACGGUGCCGGCAGAGCCAACAGAAGCCCCUGAGGCGGCAGCUAUAGCUGAGGAAGCUGCCACUGAGGAGCAACUCCAAGAAGAGAGUCCAUCACCUCCACAGCAUGAAGAGCCUAAAAAUUUACAAGAGGGAGCAGACUCAAUAGCGCCCCCUCCAGAAAAGAAAACUAACAGCAAGACAUCACAGCCUGCAAACAAGACCAAAGCCCCAGUAAAGAACAAGCCAAGUACAGCAGUGACUAAAACAACCACAAGUGCAGCCUCUCGGUCUGCUCCAGCUCAAAAUAGAGUGGCUAACGGUGUUACGAGGACCGCGGCAAAUGGUGCAACCAAGAGACCUGCAACUGCAGCAUCGGAGGCAAAGAAAACUGUCCCUGUUGGAGCAGCUGCACAAGCCAAAAAAGGCCCUGCUGCUACUGUAGCACUGAGGACACCGACUAAGGUGGCUGAACGGAAGCCUGUUGGAACUACUAGACCAGCAGUGGCCUCCACAAACAGUGGUACCAAACCAGGAGCAGUCGCAAAUGCGACAGCAUCACUGGGCAAAAAGCCAGCCACAGCAUCUAACAGUGCUGCAGUCAAGCCCAAGACCACAGCACCAAGGCCAGCAACUGCUCCUGCUGCCAAACCCAGUGUUUCCACCACCUCCAGAACUGCUCCUGGUACCAAGACAACAAGGCCUACUGCCCCUCAUUCUACCACUUCCUCAGCUUCAAUAAGACCAACAGUCACCACCACAAAACCUGCAUCCUCAAGAACUGUCUCAGCCCCCUCUGCUGCCCGCUCAGCAUCAUUACAACCCUCUAAAGCAUCAACUACAACUGCAGCAGCCAAGAAAGAUGUUGGUAAACCUUCCACCAGUGCACCGGCCAGAAAACUGAAUGCUACCAAGACCAGCACCCAACCUACAGCUACAAAAACCUCAAAACCUGAACCCCUAAAAACGGCAGCAGCUGCCAAACGACCACCUCCAGACACCAAAACAGCUCGACUAAAAGCAGAUGGAAAUAAGUCUGUACCAACACGGAAGGUCCCUCCAAGCCCCCGAAAUAUUGCUUCGCGGCCUGCUUCAAGCAAGACAGCUACAGCGUCCCACAGCCAGAAGCAAGGAGGCAGUAGUACCCCAGUUGCUGUGAAACGACAAACAUCCAAACCGACACAGUCUGUUUCACCAUUGGUAAUCAAGGGAAAGUCUACUGAAGAACAAGCAGCAGAGACUGUUGAACCUUCAUCAGCUUCUCUGGCCACUGUGUCUGCAGCAACAACUACACCUUUAGCAGCUGUAGAGUCUGUUCCAGAAGUGGAAGCUACUUCAGCAGUACAGUUAGAAGAACAGCCAGAUGAACAGAUCAGUGCCCCAGUGGAAGUUCAGGAAGAUGAAGUGGUACAAAUGCCUGCCUCGGGGACUUCAGAUAUUGAGAUUGUUCCCACUGUGCAGCAAGAUGAUAUUGAGCCAUUAGCUAUACAGCCAGAGGCUGAAGUGCCUUCUCCUGAAGUGUCUAGUUCUGCCUCUGUUCCAUUUGGAGAAGAAUUCCAAAAAGAUGAUGAGGACUAUAUUUCGGUCAAUGUUCCAGCAGAGCAGGAAGUGACACAGCUGUUACAAGAACCUGUAAUGGCUCCACCAUUUGAAUUAUGUGUUGCUGAUCCAGUGCCCCCUAAAGGCAUGGAGGUGAUUGAGAAGGCAGAACAGCUAAUCCACAAUGAUGUAGAUGAAGAGGAAGAGGAGAAGGAGGGCAGUCAGCAGGUGUCUGUGUCCGACAUGAGCGGUACGCAGCCUACAGAGGAGUCCCGGCCUGGUUCAGCAGGUCUGACUGGAUCAGUAUGGCGGGCAGGAGGUCUGCUCUCUGAGCCUGAUUCUGAGGAUGUCAGUUGCAGUCAGCAGGGGGCCUCAGAGCUUAGUGCUCCUGGUGUCCUUGAGGGCACUGAAAGUAUGGAUGAUCUAGGUGAGGCUAGCCUGAAAGGUGCUGAUGCUGAAGGUGCAUCUGCUGGAUCUCCAGAUUUUGAGAAGGUCCCUGACAUUCCUGCCAAUGAAGAAGAUGAAGACGAUGACUAUGAUGAUGAAGAUCGUGUCUGCGAUAUGGAAGUGGGAUCAGAAAGAGCAGAAGACCCACACAGGCAGUGCCCUGAUAAUGAGGAUGAGGAAGAUGAAGAUGUGGAAAUGGCUAGUGAGGGUAUUACUGAGAGUGGGCUUGAAAGUUAUGGAAAUGCAGAUGAAGAUGACUUUGCAGAAGACUACAGAUUAGACAACCUGAACCGUAUGCAGCCUCCACCCAUUGUUCCUUCUGCACCUCCUGCAGCUCAGUGGGACCAACCAAAUCUUUUUGCUGAUCCUUGGGCCCAGCCACUACAACCAGACCCCACUCUCUCAAGUCCUUCCUCUAGCCCCUGGCAACCCAGCAUGGAAACACCAAUCCAAGCUCCUCAUCAAGGCUGGCUGGAUGUUGAAAAUGCCAAAGGAGGCCCCUCGUGUCAAUCCCCAGCUCUUAUAGAGCCCAUUCUAAGCUCACCUCAGCUUGCACCAGUGCCUUCUGCAGAGGAUGCUAGCUUCAAUCCAGGCUUGGCACCUCAUCCCCAAGGCAUGUCCCUGUCCAACACCUCAAGUGGCCCAGAACAAGCUGCCCACAGUUUCAGCGACACCAGCACACCUGAGGAGCUGAAAGACUACAAUGUAAGCCCUGGAUUGGAGAACCAGCAGCAGCAGCCUGCACCAGUCAGUCCUGUUCCUGCUGCUCUGCCAGAUAUCAUGCAAGAUCUAGGCAUCCAACUUGAACAAGGUGAUGAGGAGGAAGAACCGGAGAAUCUGCCUGCUGAUGUGUUGGGUGGUCCAGCAACUGCACCAACAUCUCUGCCAUCGUCCCCUUCUUCAGCCACUGAAGAUGAGGCUAGUGACACUGAAGGAGAGAUGCAGAUCAGUGAGUCCAAUGUGGAACCUGUUGCCACUGGCAAAGAAGGCUCUGGCAGCACACAAGUGGCCCACAGCUUAUCUACCUUAGAGGAACGUGAGGAUGCCUGUGUUGAGACAGAAGGAGGUGGUGGUAGUGACACCCCUCAGUCUGCCACCUCAGCUGCCUCCUAUGGGUUUGACUGCACCACCACAUCUAACUCCAAUGCCCAGUCUACCACUGAGAGUUGCGCCAAAAGCCCAGGUAUUUUCUCCCUGGAGAACGAAGAGCAGCUUCCAGAGGAGGCUAAAGAUCCAUCACUCAUCAAGGAGCUGAAUCUUCAGCCCACCUGUGCUUCUGGAGAUAUUGACCAGCUUCAUCUUGAGCAACAAGGAGAUCUACAGCCCAACUCGGAGCAACAGUACAUGCUUUGUGGGAAGGCGAGUGAGGAGUUGCCAGAACCUUGUUCACAAGGUGGCACUGUGCCUGUUGAGGAAGGCUUGGUUAAUCCUUCCUCUCCACAGCACCAAGAAGAGGACUGGGACCUUGACGCUCAGCAUCCGUACUACUCCACAAUAUGCGAAAAAACUGAUAGCUCCUUGGCAGGAAGGAACAACCGGCACCAACAAGAAGUCCUCACCAUCCACAUGACCAUGUCACCCAAGCGCCGUCCCAGGCCACAUGUGGAUCAUGUGACCAAUCCACCACGUCUGCCUACUGAUCUUCCUCCAAGAAUACCAAGUGUGGGACCCAAUGCCCAGCUCCGACGGCUGGAACAUCACCAGCAGCAGCUCCGGCAGAUCGAACAACGGCGAGAAGAGCAGAGCCAAUGGGUUGAGAGUCAAGAGGAGGAAAGAAUAGGGGAGAAAGAGCAUGAGGCCAAUGACUGCAACAGUUAUCAUGGUGAUGAAAAAACGGAAGAGAGGAACCAAAUGGAGGAGGAGUUGGAAGAAAAGAGGAUGAGGGAGGAGAAAGAGAAGGAGUUGGAGGAACAGAGGAGGGAUCUUCUUCAGCUGCAGAUUCAGCAACAGCAGCAGGAACUGAAGCAGAGGCAACAGAUAAUGCAGUGGCAGCAAGAGCUAGAGCAACAACAAAAUAAGCACCCAAAUAAACAACACAAGACCGUGACAAAAGUUCUCCUCUCCCCUUCUGGGCUUGGCACUAUCUAUGAAGCACUGGAGAUGAGCGAUGCAGAAGAAGACCUCGAAGAUGAAAUGGAGGAGAAAGAAAUGGUGAAGGAAGACAAGGCUGAAUAUAAAACCCCCAAAGAGUUAUGUAGUAAGACAGAGGCAACCAAAGAUCCUCCACAAGACAACACAUCUCCCAUGACACAAAGCACAUGUUCUCUGAAAUUCAUCCAGGACCAAGUGGGGCUCACCCACCCUGCAGCUCCAGACAGCCCUCCUCUAAAUAAUUCAGAGCAGCCCUCUCCUCUGGAGCUGGACUGGGGCAAGAAGGUUGACAUUGUCCAGCAGCUGAUCAACCAGACGUUGCUGCUGGCUGGAGACAGCUGCUCCCCGCUGCUUCUUCUGCCUGGUGGAGCAGGCGGGACACUGAGCCCCCUAGAGACCAGCCUGUGGCCGAACCUGUUGCCCCCACUCACUCCACCUUCUGCCACAGUUACCUCGGUGAGCAGCUUUUCACCAGAGGCUUCAGGUUCUUCUCAAGGGGAGUGGACAGUAGUAGAGCUGGAGACUCAUCAUUAAGGUUAGUGUUAGACUGAGCAGGCUGAAAAGGCGAUAUUUGGAACUCAGGGUCUAGAGCAGAGGUUUUUUAAUCUGGACUUUAAAUCCUGUUUCCAGUCCAGUGGAUUUUUUGGUCACUGGUAGGUAUGACAACUAGGUGGCCAACCAGGAACAUCAGGUCAUUUAACUAUCAGUGAUGACAAAUUGAGACUGGCAAUUAGAUUCAGGGUCUAAAUUUGAAGACCUCCCAUCUGGAGCAUUGGCCAUCGAUUCUUGUCUUUUCACACACAAUUUAGCUCCUCAACUCAUUAAUUACCAGGCUUAGUCCAACUGUGAAACUCAUCCACGCUAGCCUUUUGAGAAUAGAAUUGAUGUUCCUUGAUGUAGAGCAGGGGUGCCUAGUCCUAGUACUGGUGAUCUCUUACCCUUCAGAGUUUAGCUCCAACCUUAAUCUAGCACACCUAUCCAGGCAACUGAAUAUUAGAUGCUCGUGUGUUGGAUCUGAACUCUCCUGCUAGAUCUCCAGGACCAGGACCCCUGGUGUAGAGGGUUAGAAUAGUGUCCAAGUGUUUAAACUAAAAGUAUGUGCGGUUGAGAUGCCUUUUUCAUUCACUGUUUUACAAGCAAUCUAUGGACUUCUGUCUGAUUAUGAACCAGCAGAUUUGAUCACAGCCAAGGUUACCAUGUUAUAUCUGAUACCCUGUAACCACUUAUACAGUUUCAUUUACAGUGACUGAUGCUGUAAAUGCUUUCUGUGGAAUUUCAUUGUCACCCUUGCCCUCAGUCUCUCAAUUUAAGAGCUACUGAACACCCAGCAAUUUACUACAGCUGAUUCACUAUCUACAAUAUACAGUGUAUUAUGGUGAGACAUCAUAUACACUUCCUCACCUCUGCCAGAUGGCUUUGCUAUUUCACACCAGCCCUCAGAGCCAAAAGGCUGUUUACUUAAGUUUACUGAACGCCUGGCUACCUUUCUCAAGGCACAUUUAUAUUUCAGCUGUGUUGCUACAUCACGCAGAGUAGUUUGACUAAUAGUACUGUGCCAAAAUCUAUGGCAAAACUCUUGGUGUAUUUCUGUCAGUUAUAUCUUCUGUGGACAGUGCUCUCAAUGUCUGGAGAGAAGGCUUUUGUAAUUGGAACCCUUUCUAAGAUUUUUCUAUGGAGGUUUCUAGAAUAUCUAGUAUGGUCAAACAAGAAUGUUGCCAAUUGACCAGAUGUUUUUUGUUCUGUCCGUGUUAUUUUUAUGGACUAAAGCACUGCAAACCACUAAGGCUCUGAGACAGAGGAAGUGCACUGUUUUUAAUUUGGUGAACUAUCCACCAGGUUCUUAAAGAUAAAUCUUUUUGUUUUUUUUUCUUCAGUCCUAUGCUUCUGCCAGCAUACUGCUGGGAAUGAGCUCUAGAAGCAUUAAAGAUUAAGCCAUGGUUUGCUUCCUUCUAUAAACUUUUUUAGUAUGUUUCAGUAAAAUGAAGGGUUAGCUUAAAA